GGUCUCGCGGUGGGUUCAGUCUUUUCCUCCGCGCGCUUGCGGAGGUCGGCGGUUGUUUCGCGCUGUGCUGCUGAGGCUGGCGGUUCCUGGCUGCGGGCUUCCCAGGCCUGGGCUGCGGGUGGCGCGUACGCAGCCGAGGCCCUUACGGAGCCGGCGCUUGGUGGUGCCCGCCGUCUGCCCACCUACACGGAAAUUUGGUGAAAGCAAAGAACAAGUGAGAAUAACAAUUUUGAGACAGACUGGAAGAAGAUAUCAGGAAUGGAUUCUCCGGACUACAUAACAGUAUCUGAUUCAGCUAUGGAAAUUGAAAAUCAAAAUGAUAGCUCUUCUGAUAGCAGCUUAUUUAAAACUCAAUGUGUUCCUUCCUCACCUAAACGGAGGCAAAGAAAUCCCAUUAGGAAAUGUGUUCAUUCACUUGAAAGUGUUCAAGAAAGAGAUUCAUCCAGUGACUCAUCUAUAGAACCAAGACCAUUGACUUUAAAAGCUAUUUUUGAAAGAUUCAAGAAAAAGAAGCCAAAGAAACGUAAAAAGAGGAAAUAUAAGCCAACAGGAAGACCAAUGGGAAGACCAAAAGGAAGGAAAAACAGUAGGUCACAAAUAAGUAAGAAACAACUUAAAGUUAAAAGACCUCAGUUCCCAUUUAUAGAGUCAGAGAAUGGAAGAAAACCAAUACCUUGGAGAAAAAUUUUAACCUUUGAGCAAGCAGUGGCAAGAGGAUUUUUCAACUACCUUGAAAAACUGAAGUAUGAAUACCAUCUCAAGGAAUCCUUAAAUCAGAUGAAUGUUGGUGAAGAUCUAGAAAAAGAAGACCUUGAUAGUCGUAGAUAUAAAUACUUGGAUGAUGAUGGAUCGAUCUCUCCUAUUGAAGAGUCAGCAGAAGAAGAUGAGGUUGCUACAAAUCUUGGACGUGAUGAUGAAUGUGAUAUCAAAUUGGUGGUAUUUUUGUAUAUCGUGAAGAUCUGUACGAUUCUAGGGAGUGAUAGCUUAGGAGUGAAGAUUUUAACUUAACUCAUGUGUAGAGGUUCUGAAACUAUAAGUGAAGUGAUGUAAAAGGAAGCCAGUUUGACCACAGGCUAAAUGAUGAGAGAAGUUGCUGUGGCAUCUCAACUUGAUAAGGACACCUUGAACAAAAGGAUGUUAAUUCAAGGACUGCUGUACUGCAUUCCAUUACUGUUGUGACUAACACAUUAGGGUGUCUGAUAUUAAAAAACCAGGCAGAUCCAUCUACUCAGACCCUAACCAUAGUCCUAAAGUAAAUUGCUUGAAGAAAUUAGUUCCCAACGAUUAUAGGACUGACUUGAGAUGACAUCAGGAUUGAGCAAAAAAGGGAAUAAGAUGAUUAAGACUCAAACUCUGGAGGAACUAAGGCAGUGGAAGAACUCAGAACAUGUGAAAUUCCUUAAAUAAAAGUUUAUUAAAUAAUUGUGCCUAUGUUACAAAUAAUAAAAGUCCUUUAUACUUUUUGUAGAAAGUCAGCAUGUAUUUUUGGCUCGAAGUUUCUCUAGUGUUUUCUGUGGAGGGAAUAAAAGUAAAUUUUAGUUUCAA